AUGUCUGCUAGAACCGAGUUGUCCGCGUCCGACCUGCAAGAGAUCCUUGCGUUCACGGUCAAGCUCGCGCGCUCGGCCGGAGCAUUGAUACUCGAAGGCUCGGAGGCCAUCCGCGCGUCGGGGCACGUCGACGAGAAGAAGAACUCGGUCGACCUCGUCACGGAGUACGAUGUGCGGGUGGAAGAGCUCGUCAAGAAGGAGCUGGGCUCGCAUUAUCCCACGUUCAAGUUCAUAGGUGAAGAAUCCUACGCAGCAGGCUCCCGACAACCCCUCACAGACGAGCCCACAUUCUGUGUCGACCCGAUUGACGGUACUACGAAUUUCAUCCAUGGUUUCCCUCAUGUCUGCAUCUCGCUGGGCCUGAUCUACAAGCGCACGCCCGUGCUCGGCGUCAUUUACAAUCCAUUCCUCGAGCAGCUCUACACCGCUGUCAAGGGCCACGGCGCGUUCCUUGCCCAGGGCGCACGCCUUGCCGCGCGCCUCCCGCUCGCUCAGCCCCGCCCGCUGCCGUCGCUCUCCCAGGCGCUCAUCGGAGUCGAAUGGGGCUCUGACCGCUCGAGCAACGGGAUCCGCGUGAAAGGUGAGUCGUUCAAGCGCCUUGCGGGGAACCCGAAGGAGGGCGUAGAGGGUGGGCGCAUGGCGCACUCCCUGCGCUCGCUCGGCAGCGCAGCGCUCAACUACGGGCUUGUCGCGCAGGGCGGUAUGGAUAUCUAUUGGGAGAUUGGGUGCUGGCCUUGGGAUAUCUGUGCUGGUGCAAUAAUCGCUCAGGAAGCGGGAUGCUUUGUCGCAGGGUCGCACGAUGCGCCGUUGGACAACGUUGUCAACGAGGACAUUCUCGUGGGGCGGAAGUACAUUGUCAUCAGAGCAAUUGGCGACACUGAGACUGAGAAGGGCGUCGACGCGCAGAAAAGGCUCAUUAAGGAGUUCUACGAGACCGUAGAGGAUAUCGAACCUAACUAG